UGGAUACAGCAGACGCUUCCGGUCAUGGCGGCGCUCAUGUGAGAAGCCGGAGCUGCUGCUCGACCGACCGGCACCCGGACUCUUCGCCGUCCCGCCCGGCCGAGAUGUGGGCCCGCUGCCGCUCACUGCUCGCGGCCCGAGCCUUGGGCGCCCGCCCGGCCCCUGCCCGCGGCCGCAAGUCGCGCACCGACCCGCCCGCCAAAUCAAAGGUGGAUCGAGUCCGCGUCCCCACGCUCGUCCACCCCGAGGAGCUGCUGGUGGUGCAGGAGCGCUACCGGCAGUACGACGCCAUCAUGAGAGCACUGAGGGCUGAAUUCAAGGAGGCAAUGUUGCGGAAACGUUACGAGGAGGAGGUGGGCUCGCUGGCAGAGGAGCGAGCCAAGCAGGAAGCUGAGGAGCAUAGACAGCUGAUGGAAUUCAAUGACCGGGAGAAUGAGCGGCUGCAGAAACUCCGAGAGGAGCGACUCCGGCAGGAGAUGGAAGUAGAGCGGCAGCGGAAACAGCAGGCUGCGGCCUACAGAGAACAGAAGCGGAUGGAGUUCCUCAGUGAGAAGGAGAGGGAGGUUCUGCAACUUCAGGAGGAAGCAAAGAAUUUCAUUACGCUGGAGAACCUGGAUCAGCGCAUCGAGGAAGCAAUGGACAACCCACAGAACUAUAACUUCGCCAUCGACAAAGAGGGUAGAAUUGUGAAACAGACGGUGCUGCAGUAGGUCAAGCCCAAGCGUAGUCUUGUUGCCUGAGUUCUUUAGUGGCAGUGUGUAGGGAAUUGUUUUCCCCCUGCAAGGGAAGGGCGGGGAGGGGAGGUCUUUUGAGAAUGAGUGAAGUCCAUCAGAGCAGCCCUACCAGAGUAUCGACACUUUCAGUCACAGUACGGGUGAGAAGAUCAACUUUACUCACUAUAUAUACUUACAUGUAUUAGAAAUUUACUGUCCUGUGUUGGUGUGACAUAUAAGAAUAAACAACAACGUUCCAACAAUUAUAAAGCAGUGUAUAAAAUAAAGUUAAAAGUACAGCUAUGGGAUAAAAUAUGUAUAAAUAUACAAUACUAGUAGGUAUUUACAAUGUAAAUAGCAUUAUAAAGACUGGCUUAAAGUGCUUACAGUGCAAUGAUGAGAGGUAGAGGGUUUGUUGGGGGGGGGGGGGAACUUGAUUGGUUGAUCAAAUUAACUGCCUGGCAGAAGAGACUUAUAAGAUGGUGUGAAGUUUUUCUGUUUCAAUAGCCCUGUAGUGCUUUCAAGAAGGGAGCUUUUUGGGAAAACCAAACAAAAGAAAUCCAAGCAACACACACAGAAUGCUGGAGGAACUCAGCAGGCCAGGCAGCAUCUAUGGAAAAGAGUAAACAGCCUAAAACCCUUCAGCAGGACUGGAGAAAAAGCUGAGGAGCAGAUUUGAAAGGUGGGGGGAGGGGAGAGAGAAAUGCCAGGUGAUAGGUGAAAUUUGGAAGGAGGGGGAUGAAGCAAAGAGCUGGGAAGUUAAUUGGUGAAAGACAGAAGGCCAUGGAAGAAAGAAAAAGGUGGGGGGGAGCAGCAGAGGGUGGUGAUGGGUGGGCAAGGACAUAACAUGAGAAAGGGACAAGGGGAUGGGAAAUGGUCAAUGUGGGGGGAGGCAUUACUGAAAGUUUGAGAAAUCAAUGUUCAUGCCAUCAGGUUAGAGGCUAUCUGAAUGGAAUAUAAGGUGUUAUUCCUCCAACCUAAGUGUAGCCUUAUCACGACAGUGGAGGAGGCCAUGGAUGGACAUAUGGGAAUGGGAAGUGGAAAUUAAAAUGGGUGGCCACUGGGAGAUCCCACCUGCUCUGGCAGACAGAGCAUAGAUGCUUGGCGAAGCCAGUUUGUUGGGUGGGUACUGUUGGCAAAGAUUUUCUCCUGCCUGCAUCUUUGUUGGCAAUAGGGCUAUUGAAGGCGACGGGAGCACCCUGUUUCUUCCCACAGUUCAAAGCUGUGCCAGUUGGUAAGUUAGUUGAUCAUUAUAAAUUGUCCUGUGACUAGGCUAGGGUUAAGUUGGGCGGGUUGCUGGGUGGUGUGGCUCGAAAGCCAGAAGGCCUGUUCCACACUGUAUCACCACAAAUAUAAAGUCCCUCAGUCAUGGCAGACUGCAGCUAACGACCUUUUCUGCUGAUCUGACAGUUCACUGUAAUUUUGUGUAAUGUGAGCGGAUGCUGCUCCAAACUGGACAGUAGGGACCAUAAAGCUGAGAAGAAUAUGAAUUGUAAAAUAUCGUUUUUGUACCAGUGGCAAUAGCCAUCCUCCUCUGUUGCUUACUGCUCUAUUACAAACCUGCUGAGAUUUAAAACAAUAAAUUCUUGUGAAGUGAAGCCAAUUGAUUUCAAUGUUAAACUUCAGCUGUGCGGGCUGUGCACUUUACAAUGUAAUAAAGGCUGAGACACAUUGUAUCAAUAAAUAAACUUUAAUAAGCAUUGUGCCACAUUCUAUCAAUAAAGACACCACAGACAAAUGCCUAAGGUUGCUUUACAGCAAUAAAUAUACUUCAAUAAUCAUAGAAUAAUAAUGUAUUAAAAAAGAAAAUAUAAUGGUGGCCUGAAGCUGCAUUGUAUCAAUAAAUGUAACACUGUGGAUAUGUUCAUACAGCAGAUAAGGAAGUGCAUAGGAACUCACAGAUUGUAACAGGAUUCUUUGUACAAAUACGUAUAAAAUGGGUAGAUGUAGUGUGGUUUAUUUCGAAUAAAGAAUCGUUCAGGUUCACAUUAAUUUAUUUAUCAUGUGUACAGUGCAGACCACAUUGUUUCCCACACUACUGUGUAAAAGUCGUGGGUACAUAUACUGUAUAUAGCUAGGAGGGCCUAAGACAUUUGCACAGUCUUCUCUUUGUCAACGUGAAACAGCGAGUUUGUAAAUCUGGCGGGAGCAAAGGAUGGUGAGAGGGGAGUGCCGCGGGAUGGGGGUGGAACAGGUGGCGGAGGUGGUGGGGCAGGUGCAGACACACUCAGCCCUGAGACACCAGGCAAAGUGUGAUUCCAAACAAUUGGUUUAUUGAUCACUACAGAAAGUCUGGUGCAACAGUUCACAAUAGAGAUCCAUAUCAGAAUCACUCAUGUAUGUCAUCAACUUUUUUUUGCAACAGCUCUACAGUGCAAUGCAUAAAAUUACUACAGUACUGUGCGAAAGUCUUAGGCACCCUAUCUAUCUUGCACUGUAUUUAUUAAGCAAUACAGUACUGAGUAGGCUCAUUCAGCCCUUUGAGUCAUGCUGCCCCAGAUUGUUGGAAUUGUUGCUCGCCGCUGCUUGCGCGUGGGAGGGGGUACUUUGGGGUUCUCAAGUUUAAGCUGUCGUUCAUUCUUUGGGACACUUCUCUGUUUUUGUGAAUGUUUUGCAAAGUAAAAGCAUUUCAGGAUGUAUAUUGUAUACACUUCUCUGACAUUAAAUUCGACCUUUGAACUUCUUUCCUCCCACAGACGCUGCUCAACCUGCUGGGUUUCUCCACGAAACUUAUCCUUAACAUCUGGAUUUGUUGUGACCAAGCUCAGUUCCAAAGAAAAUAUAGUAGUUUAAUGAAGGGGGUCAAAAGGAAUUGCAAAAACUUAGCAAUCCAGUCUUGGUUUUUCAUUCCAUCAGGUAUUAACUUAUUCUUCAAGGUCUUGGCAGGAUUGGGAUUGAGCAACGCACAAAAUAUAGGAGGAACUCAGAAGGUUAG